GUCCAUUCUCUAUACUUCUCUUCCAUUUUCUUCUUCGUAAUCGUCUCUCCUUUCCAGCUUUCCACCCACUGUCCGGUCCUUACUUUUACCUUUCUCUGUUCUUAGUUACCUUACGCACUUAUUACUUCUUAUUACUGAGGCUUUUCACUUGCACUUGGGGGAAGCCAGAAGCUCGGCCACGCCACCGCCCCGAACCCUUGGUAAGACUAAACGUCCCAUUUCCGUCAUGGAAACUGUGACGAUUGUUCCUCUGUCGAAGUGACUUUGUCUCUAUACUGCUCCUAUUGCUCCCUUCAACUCAUAUCCACCCAUUGUAUUCAGCCAUACUGGACUCUCACACCUCCCCUUUAACGGCCGGACUGCUUUACACGGUCAAAACUGCCCCAGAGUCGAAUCCUCACGCGAUGACACGACAAGGCCAAGUGCGAAUCCGUGGCAGCAACAUCCUCGAACUUCGAGCAAUCCCACCUUCACUGAGGCCCCUUAUAAGGGCUUACCUUAUCGGCUACGCCUCUUCCGUCGGCCCCAAACUCCUGAACGUGCUUCUUCGACAAAUCGCCGUAGCUCGAAGACGCCGCAACUCCACCACCGAGGAUUCUUCCUCACCCCGAAAAUACCAACAUGACGAUCUCCUAACUUCCCUACGUCGCAUAAUUCUCGCCGGCUUCGACUGGAGGACCUUUCCCACUUUCUGUGCUGUCCUUGUCGGUGGCAGUACGAUCCUUGAGGCCCCAAUUCGACGGCUCUGUCAACGCUUAGCACCCAGUCUUAGUGACGUAGCUCAGACGAGGCUCGCAAGAUGGGUUUCGACGUUCCUCCCCGCCUACCUUGGUUUACGUCUCUUGCAGUCGAAGCAGAGUCCCGCCUUUACCGAGUCGGUCCCCAUGAAGUCCAACGACCAUCCGGGAGUCGAGCGGAAGGAGGUCAGAUACGCAGGCCGCACUCUGGACUUGUCCUUGUUUGCAGUCACCCACGCCAUCGACGUCAUAGUAGGCGAGUUGUGGUCUCGUCGCCGAGCUCGAAGAAUCGCAGACCGGAAAUGGACAAAGCUGGAGAGCCUACUAUCUCGGUCAGCCGAUCCAUGCAUCUUCGCUUGCUCUUCCGGCCUCAUCAUGUGGGCCUGGGUCUACCAUCGCUCCCGCCUACCCCGAUCAUACCACAAAUGGAUCUCCUCCGCAGCCGCCGUAGAUGACCGUCUCAUCCAGGCCCUCCAGCGCUGCUCCAGCGGGGAGCUCCGCUACGGCGAGGACACGGGGCAAGCCGCGCUUCUGCAGCCCAUGUGCGAGGAUUACGGCUGGCCCCGCAUCUGGGGGGACCCGUCCGUUAUUGUCCCCAUCCCCUGCGAGAUGGUGCACAUGGGCUGUGGCCCGCUGUGCGAAUACCACGCCCUCAUGCGCUUUCUUCGCUCCUGGCGCUGGAGCAUGACCAUGUACCUCCCCCUCAACCUGGCCCUCCGGAUCCGCCGCAAGCCGCCCACGCCCCGGUCCCUCGCCCGCGCCGUCCUCUCAGCCGGCCGCUCCUCCACCUUCCUGGCCACCUUCAUCGCCCUGUUCUAUUACGGUGUCUGCCUCACCCGGUCGAGGAUCGGCCCGCGCCUCCUCGGCACCGACGUCGCCACCCGCCAGGCCAUCGACAGCGGUUGGUGCGUCGGCGUCGGCUGCGUCCUGUGCGGGUCGAGCGUGCUCAUCGAGACGGCCUCGAGGCGGAAGGACAUGGCGUUGUUCGUGGCCCCGCGGGCGCUGGCCACUCUGUUCCCACGCCGCUACGCCGAGGGUAAGCAGUGGCGGGAGACAUUGGCCUUCGCCGCCAGUGCGGCGGUCGUAUUCGCCUGUGCCCGAGAGAACCCUGCACGGGUCAGGGGAGUGCUAGGUAGGCUGUUGCCAUUCGUGCUGCGGCAAUGAUUGGUCAGACGGUCAAAUCGAGAAGGCCUGUACGUAUACAUACUGCUAAAUGGGGCAUGAAGACGCCGUAAUGUAGGUAAUUAUGUGUUUGGAGUUGGGAAGGGGACAUGACGAGCCAUGACAGAGUUAGAAGCUGCAUGAGGAAGAUGCCUAAGGUACCUAAGCAGAGAGACAUGUCACGUGGGCUUGACUGCCGUGGAUGUUGAAAUGGUAUCACUCAGUAAGGUAGUCGCCUUUGGGUUACAAGUCGAUUCCUUCUGCAAGCUCGGUCACGGGUGAUUGAUGGACUGCUCACAUCUUGCUUCCUGAAAAAGGAAACGCAUGGAUUUAGGCUCAUAGAUAAUCAACACAGGUGACCUAGCACAAAAGAAUAAAGACCUGGCU